UUAACUUUCGAUAAUCGCAACGAGCAGGGAGGGUUUUCGAUUUAAAAAAAAACGGGGACCCGAGACAUGGUCUCGACGGGUAGUUAACCCCCUUUCUGCCCCCUGCGUACUCCCCCCUACCCUCGCCCUGAACUGGAAGCGCUUUUUUUCCGGGAGGCCCAGCGUGUGGAAAGUGCUGCUCCGGUUGGGGCGCUCGUCAGGGGGAAGAGAUAUGGCGUGCCUGCUGGAGGCCCCUCUCCGUAUCAGCGUGCUGUCCGAGGUCACAGCCACCAGUCGCCAUUAUGUGGACAGACUGUUCGACCCUGACCCACAGAAAGUGCUGCAGGGAGUCAUUGACAUGAAGAAUGCCGUCAUCGGAAACAACAAGCAGAAAGCCAACCUGAUCGUCCUGGGAGCCGUGCCCAGGUUGCUCUACCUGCUCCAGCAGCCUUCCUCGAGCACGGCCUUGCGCGCCGAGUGCGCAGUGGUCCUGGGCAGCCUGGCCAUGGGCACCGACAACAACGUCAAGUCGCUCGUCGACUGCCACAUCAUCCCUGCCCUGCUCCAAGGGCUGCUCUGCCAGGACCUGCCCUUCGUCGAGGCGUGCCUGCGCUGCCUGCGCACCGUCUUCAUCAGCCCCGUCACGCCCGUGCAGCUGCUCUACACGGACCCCACUGUGAUCCCGCACCUCAUGUCGCUGCUGAGCCGGUCGCAGCGGACGCAGGAGUACAUCACGCAGAUCUUCUCUCACUGCUGCAAGACCCCUGAGCAUCAAACAAUUUUGUAUAACCAUGGCGCCAUCCAGAACAUCGCUCACCUUCUUAUCUCCUCGUCCUACAAGGUACGGAUGCAGGCACUAAAGUGCUUCUCAGUUCUGGCCUACGAGAACUCUCAGGUCUCCAUGACUCUGGUGAAUGUGCUGGUUGACGGAGAGCUGCUCUUUCAGGUAUUUGUCAGAAUGAUGCAAAGGGACAAACCCAUCGAAAUGCAGCUCACAGCUGCCAAAUGCCUAACGUACAUGUGCAGAGCAGGAGCCAUCAGAACAGACGACAGCUGCAUCGUGUUGAAGACCCUGCCGUGUCUGGUGCGGAUGUGCAGUAAAGAGAGAUUGCUGGAGGAACGAGUUGAGGGCGCCGAGACGCUGGCAUACCUCAUCGAGCCCGACGUGGAGCUUCAGCGAGUUGCCAGCAUCACCGACCACUUGAUCACCAUGCUGGCUGAUUACUUCAAAUACCCCAGCUCUGCUAGUGCCAUCGCGGACAUCAAACGGCUGGACCAUGACCUGAAGCACGCCCAUGAGCUGCGCCAGGCGGCCUUCAAGCUCUACGCGUCCCUGGGCGCCAACGACGAGGACAUCCGCAAGAAGGCAAGUAGGGGGGGAGUGGUGUUCUGGUUACUGUGUGUGUGUGCUUGCAUUAACCCCUGUUUGUGGUGUCUGCAGCCCAUCCUGGAGUCAGGCGUGAUCGAGCUGCUGUGCAGCCUCACACAGAGUGACAGCCCUGCGCUGAGGGUCAAUGGCAUCUGGGCGCUGAUGAACAUGGCCUUCCAGGCGGAGCAGAAGGUGAAGGGCGAGAUCGUGCGCGCGCUGGGCACGGAGCAGCUCUUCCGCCUGCUGUCCGACCCCGAUGCCAACGUGCUGAUGAAGACGCUGGGGCUGCUGAGGAACCUGCUGUCCACGCGCCCGCACAUUGAUCAGAUCAUGAGCUCCCAUGGGAAGCAGAUCAUGCAGGCGGUGACUCUCAUCCUGGAGGGUGAGCACAGNGUCGAGGUCAAGGAGCAGACGCUGUGCAUCCUGGCCAACAUAGCAGAUGGAAACACGGCCAAGGAGCUCAUCAUGACCAAUGACGACAUCCUGCAGAAAAUCAAAUACUACAUGGGGCACUCGAAUGUGAAACUUCAACUUGCUGCCACCUUCUGCAUCUCCAACCUCAUCUGGAACGAGGAGGAUGGCUCUCAAGAGCGCCAGGACAAGCUCCGGGAGAUGGGGAUCGUCGACAUCCUCCACAAACUCACACAGGCCUCUGACCCCAACCUCUGCGACAGAGCGAAGACGGCCAUGCAGCAGUACCUGGCGUGACACGGGGGGGCCGCGCGGGAAGAGGCGGAAGUUGCUCGACCAGCGGUCGCUGGGAGGUCACAGAGAGGUCACCCUCGGUUUUUUUUUGCACAAGACACCUU